GGCUCUCAAAGAAUGAAGAAUAAACACAAGAAACACAAAAUUUUUAUAUCGGUGUUAUUCCAGCUGCAACUCUGGGACAUGUUUUUUGUUGGUUGCUCUUCGUGAGGCUUUGCCACCCCCGUUUUGGAGUUCAGUCACUUCUUCUAAUUAUACUUGGAAACUACUUGGCAGCCAGAGAAGCCUUCACAACAGUAAUAGCCGAGCGGUGCGGAGGGGAAACUCGGAUUAUGUUUCUCAGGCGGACGGCAUAACUAUUAACAAUGGAUAAGUGCAAACACGUUGGGCGACUGCGGCUUGCCCAGGACCAUUCCAUACUCAACCCUCAGAAGUGGCAUUGUGUGGACUGUAAUACUACAGAGUCAGUGUGGGCCUGCCUCAGCUGCUCCCACGUGGCUUGUGGAAGGUACAUCGAAGAGCAUGCGCUGAAGCACUUUCAGGAGAGCAGUCAUCCCGUUGCGUUGGAGGUGAACGAGCUGUACGUGUUCUGCUACCUGUGCGACGACUACGUCCUGAAUGAUAACGCGACCGGGGACCUGAAACUGCUGCGGAGUACGCUGAGUGCCAUCAAGAGUCAGAAUUACGACUGCACCACUCGCAGUGGAAGGAUUCUGCGGUCUAUGGGGGCAGGCGAUGACUCUUACCUUUCCCACGGCGGCGCCCAAGCUCUGCUUCGCAACGAAGAUCAAAUGUUUACCGCUCUCUGGCACAGGAGGCAUACUUUAAUGGGCAAAGUGUUUCGAUUUUGGUUUGAACAGACCCCCAUGGGGAGAAAGGUACUGGAAGAGGAAAGGCUGCGGGAAGAAGCAGAAGCCAAAAGGGAGGAAGUGAGGAAAAGACGGCAAGAGCUGAAGCGGCAGUUGAGGGCAGAGAUGGAGCGAUUGCCUCCGAGGAAGAGCUCUCGCUUGCAGCGCCAGGCCACGUCGGCCUUCGAGAACGCGGCGUCACCUCACGUCCCAGCCUCACCGGCGAAACCAACCCAACUAUCUACCUCAGGCGAAAUAAAGCCCCAAAAGAUAGGCGAGUCUCCAGUUAAACGAAGGCCGACGGUGACUCCCGGUGUAACCGGACUGAGAAAUUUGGGCAACACCUGCUACAUGAAUUCCGUUCUGCAAGUUUUGAGUCACCUGCUGAUUUUUCGGCAGUGCUUUCUAAAGCUCGACCUGAACCAGACCCAAGAGCUGCUGGCUACGGCUGCUGGUGGGAAAACGAGAUCCUCAUGUAAACCCCCGCCCGGCUCCGAUUCAGCGAUUCCAGCACAGGAGAACCCAGAGAAAGUGACCGGCUCCCCGCUCUCCAGGCGUCCAAGUUUAUCUUCGGGCUUGAGCGGCGGGGCAUCGAAAAGUAGAAACAUGGAACUUAUUCAGCCCAGGGAGCCCAGUUCAAAGUACAUUUCACUUUGUCAUGAACUGCAUACUCUCUUCCAAGUUAUGUGGUCCGGAAAGUGGGCAUUGGUGUCUCCUUUCGCUAUGCUCCACUCGGUGUGGAGACUGAUACCGGCCUUUCGCGGCUACGCCCAACAAGAUGCUCAGGAAUUCCUUUGUGAACUUUUGGAUAAAGUACAGCAUGAACUGGAGGCAACCGGUACUGGAUACCCUGCUCUUAUUCCCAGUUCUCAAAGGAAACUUAUAAAACGAGUUCUGAAUGUGGUGAAUACCAUUUUUCACGGACAGCUUCUCAGUCAGGUAACAUGUCUUGCAUGUGAUAACAAGUCAAAUACAGUAGAACCUUUCUGGGACCUUUCAUUGGAAUUUCCAGAAAGAUACCACUGCAAUGGAAAAGAAAUGGUCUCCCAGUAUCCGUGUCUGGUUACGGAAAUGUUGGCCAAAUUCACAGAAACCGAAGCUUUAGAGGGGAGGAUUUAUGCGUGUGACCAGUGUAACACAAAACGCAGGAAGUUUUCCUCAAAACCAGUUAUACUUACAGAAGCACAGAAACAGCUUAUGGUGUGUCGACUACCUCAAAUUCUGAGACUACACCUCAAACGAUUCAGGUGGUCGGGACGUAACCAUCGAGAGAAAAUAGGAGUGCACGUGAGCUUUGAUGAAAUUCUCAACAUGGAGCCCUAUUGCUGCAGGGAGUCGGUCAAAUCCCUCACGCCGGAGUGUUUUAUGUACGAUCUGUCUGCUGUGGUGAUGCAUCACGGAAAAGGAUUUGGCUCAGGACACUACACCGCCUACUGCUACAACUCAGAAGGAGGAUUCUGGGUACACUGCAACGAUUCCAAGCUCAAUCUGUGCACUAUGGAAGAAGUAUGCAAGGCACAAGCUUAUAUUUUGUUUUAUACCCAGCGAGUUACUUGGGGAAGUGAACAUUGUCAAUUCUCAACUGAGGCAUUGCCCAGUUGCCCACAGCACAGUGAAGAAAUUGAGAAUUCUUCUAACGAAGGCAGGAGCUGAUCCACAGACAAUGAAGGGUUUUUUUUGGUAACUUGUACAUAUAUGAACUGACUGAUUUUUGUACUUUUUAAAUUUUCCUCUUGGUGAAUCAGUGUACACUAUUGUUUAUACAUUCAGCCAGUUGAAACAAGUGGUAUAAUUUAACAUAUAUAUUGCCAGAAGGAAAUUUUUUUAAAAGCACCUGAAUUUCUUAUACAACUAUUUUUUUAAAGAAAAGUAUCUAAAUUUUACCUUACCUCAGGAGUUUCCGCUUUUUCUAUUUUGAUAGUCAUCUAUUUGGUUUUUAAAGAUUGUGUUUUUUUAUUGGGUGGGUGAUUUUAUGUAAUGCUGGUUUUAGCACGUGUAAGAAAUACCUUUUAGCAGACCUUUCCUACUGUAUCGACUGAUUUCUACCAGCUCUGGAAAUUAGCCAUUUUCUGGUUUGACUGGGUAGCUCACCAAAAAUGUAUUUCCCCCAGGAUUGGUAAUGUUAAAGCAAAUUGAUUCCAACCAUCAGGCCUAGUUAGGUCACGCUCUUCACAAUUCAUUUACCUAACACAGACCAACUCAUCUUGAGAUAUUAUUUGCCUGAAAAAGCUAGGCCGUAAAAAAAAAAAAAAGGUCUUAGUUGUUGGAAAUAAUGAUUUAUGAGGCCAUGUGGCAGUCUAUUAAUGGGCUUGUAUAUUUAAGUGAAUUUAGUUCAUGGUUAAGGGAGUAGGCCAGAUGGCAAGUGAGCGGUAGGAUCUUUAAAUUGGUUUUUUUAAC